AUGUAUGUAGCCGACUGUCGAGUCUUAGAGGGCUUGCAGAGAUAUUCCUCCAUCCCCACAUACCUGCCUGUCAACUAUCAGCUGCUCAACGCUGACUUGGCGUUCUUCCUGAAGGAAGCCAAUCAGGAUUUCAUGAGGAACUCUAGCCUGAUGUCGCGGACUGAGCCCUUCUUCAUCUACCAGGCUAGAAGUUUGCCCAUGGUGAAUGGUAGCUAUGGACCUCUCUCUGUGGAGCAGCCUGUCCCUUUAGAGCUCCUACAGAGCCCAGGGACUUUCCCUGCCUCUUCUGUUUUUACCUUCAACUGGAAAGUGCAGACUUUUAUCAUGAAUACCAGGAUUCACCUGGCCAAGCCCAAAGUCCAGGUUCUGUUCUAUAUCGCAGGCCGGGACUGGGACGACUACAGCGCCAUCGACAAGCUGCCCUGCGUGCACAUGUUUGCUUUCCAUGAGACCCAGGAGGUGCGUGGCACUUGCCAGCUGAAAGGGGAGCUGGGGCUGUGUGUGGCCGAGCUGGAGCCACUGGCGGGCUGGUUCAGCCCGCCCAGCGUGGUGCCAGGACGCCAGAGGAACCUGGAAGUGUCUGAGGGCACCCCGGUGGAGCUCUACUACAUGCUGCAGUCCACAGAAGCAGGAGAGUGCCACUCAGAGGAGGCCAGGAAGGACAGCUUCAUCCGCUCGAGCCAGGAAGGGCUGUUUGGUUCCUUCACCUCCACGCCGCUCAGGAGGAUCGGUGGUGUGAGGCUCUACCAGAACCCCAACCCUCCUCCUCUCGCUGAACACAGGCUGGAUAAUAACUUCAUGGUCAUGGUUCCAGCUACACCCAUGCGACAGAGGGAAACCGUCUCUGCUUUUAUCACGGUUUCAGCCUACUCCCCCGUGGAGAUGUUUACUCUCAGGGUUAAGUUGAAAGAAGGAGUGACGUUUCUUGGGGCUCGUCCAAGCAACCCAACUCAGUGGAUAGUUAGCCAGGAUGUCAGGAGUGAAGGCCACCGGGUGGUGACUCUGCACUGUCGCAGGAAGGAGUCCAGUUAUGAUCAGUCUGAGAUGGGAGUUCAGAGGGUGCUCCAGGUGGAUCUGAAAAUGGAAAGCUUCCCAGAGCCGCUGGGCAGCCGCUGGAUGGCCUGGCAGGUGGAGUACCCAGCCAGUCGUGCCGCCACACAAGAGGCCGAGACGGAGAUCCUGCUGGCGCAGGAGGACCUUGCAGGCAUCGUGCCCCUGGCCAUGGACUCUGAGAUUUUGAACACCGCUGUGCUGACUGGGAAGACAGUGGCUCUCCCAGUAAAGGUGGUGACCAUUGGAAUAGACGCCUCUGUUACUGACGUCUCUGAAGCAGUCAAGUGUCGCUCUACAGAUGAAGAUGUGGUCAAGGUGUCAGACAGGUGUGACUACGUUUUUGUGAAUGGCAAGGAGAUGAAGGGCAAGGUGAAGAUGAUGGUGAACUUCACCUACGGAUACCUGAGUGCUCAGCUGGAGCUCAACGUGUGGAUCCCUCGACUCCCCCUCCAGAUUGAGGUGUCAGACACGGAGCUCAGCCAGAUCAAAGGGUGGAGGGUACCCAUCAUGGCUCCCAGUCAGAGGUCUACACGGGACAGCGAGGAUGAGGACGAUGAAGACAGACGAGGACGAAGCUGCACUCUGCAGUACCAGCACGCCAUGGUUAGAGUCCUGACCCAUUUUGUAGCAGAGUCAGCUGAUUCUCGAGGCCAGACGAGCUUCAUGCUCGGCACCGACUGGCAGGUGGACAUCACAGAGCUGGUGUGGGACUUCCUGAAGGUAGAGGACCCCCAGAUUGCACAGCUGCUGGACAGGAGGAUACUGGUGGGACUCGAUAUGGGGAUGACCACUAUCCAGGUGUUGUCUCCUUUGUCCGACUCAAUCCUGGCAGAGAAGACUGUCACAGUGGUGGAUGACAAAGUCACCAUCACAGAGUUGGGGGUCCAGCUGGUGACGGGGCUCUCCAUGAGCCUGCAGCUCAGUCCAGGAAGCAACAGAGCCAUCCUGGCUACCACGACCACACAGGAGGUUCUGCAGAGCCCGAAGCAGGAGGCCUUGAUCAGCGCCUGGCUACAGUUCAGCGACGGCUCUGUGGCUCCUCUAGACCUGUAUAAUCCGGACUUUUUUGUCCUGACAGCCACCUCCCUAGAUGAGGAAGUAGUGACAGUGCAGCAAGACCCCUCGUGGAAAUGGCCUGUCAUUGUGACUGAGGCGGAGGGCCAAGGCCUGCUGGUCAGGGUGGAGAUGACUGUUUGUGAGGUCUGCCAGAAGUUCAAGCGCCGCAGCAUCCUGGCAGCGGGGAACUGUAACAUCAGGGUGAAGUUUGGUCAUAGUGACAGCUCAAGGGGUGGGAGCAGCGACUACGGCCCCGAUGGAGACGAUAUGGAGAACAGAGGCAGGCUCUCCCCCUCCCAGGACAGGACCGGACUUAACACCCACUACUAUGGUAGCUCCAUCUCUGACAUGGAGGACGGGGUGUUGAGGAGAGCCACCACCACUAGAAGCGCAAUAAUGCGCCGACCCAAUGGGGAUAAACUGUCAAACGAUGGUAGCCAGAACAUGCCAAUUGACUUUGCUGACUUCCCCGCACAAGUGGACCUGCCACGUGGCCGCAACAUGGACGAUGACCUCAUUCAGUCUGCUCGCGGGCUCACAGACCUGGAGAUCGGCAUGUACGCCCUACUGGGGGUCUUCUGCCUUGCCAUUCUGGUCUUUCUCAUCAACUGCAUCUCCUAUACCCUGAAAUACCGCCACAAGGAGCUCUCCAUUGAGGGCCAGGAGAACAUGAACCACGCCCACGAUUGGGUGUGGCUGGGGAACGAAGCGGAGCUGCUGGAGAGCCAAAUCAGCCUGUCGCCGCAGCAGGAGGAACAGACCUCCAUGAUGGACUCUAGCAGCGGCCUCGAGGAGGGCAGCCAUUUGCUGAACGGAGGCUCGGCCCAGAAGAACGUCCAGGGCCAAGUGCACCGGACGGCAGACACGGGCUGCAUAGCCAAGGACAGCAAAGGAGACUCACCCACCACUAAGAGGAAGCGCGUCAAGUUCACAACGUUCACCACCAUCCCCUCGGACAAUAGCUACCCCACUGUUAACACACUGACUGGAUGCCGCAGCCAGGACAUUAAGUGGGUGUGCCAAGACGUGGAGCUGGGAGACUCCAAGGAGUUACGUAAUUACAUGGAAAGGUUAAAUGACAGUGCUUUAAAAGAGGUGGCAUAAUGUACUGUGUGCACUUGUAACAAACUCACCCUUAUGCCUUUCAGAGGAAAGUGGUCUGGACAGAAACCCGGACCCAUAAGUAGGUGAAAGAGGAGGAAAGUUACUUCAGAAUCACCCCAAACUGCCAAAGGGUCAUUAAACUUAAGAGAACUGUCAUGAUUCCACAAGUGACUGAUGAUGAAUCACUAACUAAAAAUAUGUCAAUGAAUGAGGGCGUCAGGUGAUUCUUUUUUUUGUCCAUUUGCUGAUCAGAUGAUUACCUUUUUAUCAUCAUUUUAUUACUACAGGGUUUAGAUAGAAUUCAAGUAAUGAUCCCGGGACUCACCUGCAGCAACUACGACCUGUGAUAUUCAGACGACAUGUAGAUUUUAAAAAAGAACAGUAACAUAAGUAGAUAGAUGUUCCGAAUGUGUGUGCACAUU